AUGGACAGAAGCGAUAAAACAAUAGAAGAUAGUACUUUUUAUCAAAAUGCUCAAGGUCAUUCCUACAAUCAAGUGACAUCGCCAACAGCUUCGAUUUACACCACCAAUAUAAACAUGACUCUGACGUCAACGCCAUCCAUAACGACAACGGAUGAUGCUACUAACCGACAUAGUUUACAAUCGAAAUCAAUGUCGUUUCAAGUGCAUACAUCAAGUCGAGAAUGGCUACCAGUCGCUACUUCAACACCAUUAGUUGCAGUAUCUUCGGCAACAAUGCAUUCUUUGGAAGAUGAAGAAAACGAAUUGUUCGACAAGAUAAGGCUUUUGGUUCGAGAUUUUACUCAGCGACCAAAUCGGCAAUAUCCAUUGACUCGAAUCAUCAAAUGGACAGUGGAUGAACUACCCAAAGUAGAACAUGUAGUCGUCGUUGUCAUUAAUCGGCCAACCAUUGUUCUAUGA